CCCUACAAAAUCACUGAGCCUAAAACCCUAAAUCAUCACAAACAAGGGAAACCCCUAAGCAAUACAAUGCUUCAGAGUUUCAGUUCAGGAGAAUUAAGCCGUGAAAGUUUCCCGCCUCGCAUCUUGGUUUUGCCAAGUAAGCUUUCUCGCCUCUAUUUUCCUUGCGUAGCUAGAGCUUUUUCUGGGUUUAAUCACACCGACCGGAGAUUUUCUAAAAACCCAAAUUUUCUUGAACAAGGCCUGAGUACAAGUGUUAACUUAUAUUCCCAGAAGCAGAAUUCAAGAGAAUCCAGGGUUUCACUAGAGUUUAAGCUACAGUGUCACUCUAAAACCCUGUUCUCGGCUGCUAGAAGUUCUUCAAGUAGUGUUAAAAAGAAGAGGUACGGAGGUGUUUUGCCUUCGAUUCUUAGGUCUUUGGAGUCCGACAAUGAUUUAGAGAAAACCCUUUCUUCGGCUUGUGAGAAUUUGAAUCCAAAAGAACAGACCGUGAUUCUCAAAGAACAGAGUAACUGCGAGAGAGUUGUUCGUGUUUUCGAGUUUUUCAAAUCGUUGAAAGACUAUGAGCCAAAUGUAAUUCAUUAUAAUAUUGUGCUUCGAGCACUGGGGAGAGCUCAAAAAUGGGAUGAGUUGAGGCUUUGUUGGAUUGAAAUGGCGAAAAAUGGUGUCUUGCCGACGAAUAAUACUUAUGGUAUGCUUGUUGAUGUUUAUGGGAAGGCUGGUAUGGUGAAAGAAGCACUUCUGUGGAUGAAGCAUAUGAGACUUAGAGGACUUUACCCUGAUGAAGUGACGAUGAAUACGGUUGUUAGGGUUUUGAAGGAUGCUGGGGAUUUUGAUAGGGCAGAUAGGUUUUAUAAGGACUGGUGCACUGGGAGGGUGGAGUUGAAUGAUCUCGAGUUGGAUUCGAUGAUUGAUUUCGAUGAUGGGUCUGGUUCAGCCAUUAGUUUUAAGCAUUUUCUAUCGACUGAGCUUUUCAGGACAGGUGGUAGGAAUCCUGUUUCGGAAAGUUUAGGUUCAUCAGAUACAGAAAGUUCUAUGAGAAAGCCACGACUAACGUCAACAUACAAUACUCUGAUUGAUUUGUAUGGAAAAGCUGGUCGCCUCAAAGAUGCAGCUGAUGUGUUUUCUGAAAUGUUGAAAUCCGGUGUGGUGAUGGAUACGAUCACCUUUAACACUAUGAUCUUUACUUGUGGAAGUCAUGGCCACUUGUCGGAAGCAGAAUCCUUGCUAACUAAGAUGGAAGAAAGGGGAAUAGCUCCUGAUACGAAGACUUAUAACAUCUUCUUGUCUUUGUAUGCCAGUGCUGGUAAUAUGGAGGCAGCCCUGGAAUAUUACGGGAAAAUCAGAAAAGUAGGUCUUUUCCCUGAUAUUGUAACUCACAGAGCUGUUCUUCAUAUAUUGUGCAAGAGGAAAAUGGUUCAAGAAGUGGAGACUGUGACUGAAGAAAUGGAGAAAUCUGGUAUUCACAUCGAUGAGCAAUCUCUUCCUGUUCUUAUGAAGAUGUAUAUUGCUGAAGGGUUGCUUGACCAGGCGAAGACCCUUUUUGAAAAGUUUAUUUUGGGUUAUGAACUUUCAUCCAAGACAAGUGCAGCAAUUAUAGAUGCUUAUGCUGAAAGUGGGCUUUUGGCUGAAGCUGAGGCUGUAUUUUAUGGCAAAAGAGAUUAUCUGAGGCAGAAGAGAGGUGUUGUCGAGUAUAAUGUCAUGCUCAAAGCCUAUGGCAAAGCGGAACUUUACGAUAAAGCUUUUUCUCUCUUCAAGAGCAUGAGGAAUCACGGGAUUUGGCCUGACGAAUGCAGUUAUAAUUCCCUUAUUCAAAUGUUUUCUGGAGGUGAUUUAGUUGAUCAUGCGAGAGACAUCUUAAGUGAAAUGCGAGCAGCAGGAUUAAAACCGAAGUGUCAAACCUUUUCCUCUCUUAUUGCUUGCUAUGCCCGUCUUGGCAAGCUUUCUGAUGCCAUUGAUGUAUACGAAGAAAUGAUCAGUGCAGGUGUGAAGCCCAACGAAGUUGUUUUUGGGUCCUUAAUCAAUGGAUUUGCUGAAAGUGGUAGUGUUGAAGAAGCUCUUCGAUAUUUUCGCAUGAUGGAAGAAUCUGGAGUAUCAGCAAACAAGAUAGUACUAACGUCGCUGAUUAAGGCUUAUACCAAGGUCGGUUGUCUGGAAGGAGCACAGCGUGUAUAUGACAAGAUUAAGGAACUGGAUGGUGGUCCAGAUAACAUUGCAUCAAAUAGUAUUUUAAAUCUUUAUGCAGAUCUAGGGAUGGUAUCUGAAGCCAGAUGUGUUUUUGACAGUUUGAAAGAAAAUGGCGGCGCCGAUGGGUUUUCAUUUGCAACAAUGAUGUAUCUGUACAAAAGUAUGGGUAUGCUUGAUGAAGCUAUUGAUGUUGCGGAUGAGAUGAAACAGUCUGGUUUGUUAAGGGACUGUUCUUCAUACAAUAAGGUGAUUGCAUGCUAUGUGAGAAAUGGUCAAUUACGUGGGUGUGGUGAAUUGUUGCAUGAGAUGAUUAACCGAAAGAUUUUGCCCGACACCGGAACCUUUAACGUACUGGUCACUGCACUCAAGAAGGGAGGGAUUCCAAUCGAAGCUGUAACACAGCUAGAGUCAUCAUACCAAGAAGGCAAACCUUAUGCAAGACAAGCUAUUAUCAUUACCGUUUUCUCUUUAGUAGGUUUACAUGCUUAUGCACUUGAAUCUUGCGAUGCCAUUAUAAAAGCAGAAAUACGUCUCGAGUCCUUUGUGUACAAUGCGAUGAUUUAUGCCUAUGGUUCAUCGGGCCAGAUCGACAAGGCUUUGAACAUAUUCAUGAAAAUGAAGGAUGAGAACCUGGAGCCUGACGUUGUUACCUACAUUAGUCUUGUGAGUUGUUAUGGGAAAGCCGGCAUGCUUGAAGGUGUGAAGAGAAUAUACAGCCAACUAAAGUAUGGAGAGAUUCAGCCGAAUGAAUCAUUGUUUAAGGCUGUCAUAGAUGCUUACAGAGCUGCUAACAAGCCGGACCUCGUUGAAUUAGUUAACCAAGAGAUGAAAUUCGCACUUGAAGGGCAAGAUAAUUCGGAAUCUGAGGUUGAAGAUGUAAGCGAAGAUAUUACUCUUGACAUUUAGAAUUCAAAUCUACAUUUACCAAGUGGUGAAAUUUGUCUUCAAACAACAAAGAUUAUCCCUAGAGCCCGAGGCUGAAGGAAAGAACACUGUAUGUUGUCUAGACUCUUAGGCUUUGCUUGGUAUGCAGGAUGGAAAAGAUGGAGUAUAGAAAAUUUGUUAAUCAAAUCGUUAAUAUUCAUAAUCACUUUCCUACUUUGAAGCUAAGCCAUGGAGUAACGAAAUUUCCAUCCUCGAGUUUUUCAGUCUUCAUACGAAGCAGAGUCCGAGAAUCGAAUCUCUGAAGACUAUUGAAAUGUAUGGUAGUAGAUCUCUCUGAUAAGGUGUAUAUACUGUAGAGUGACAGCAAUGUAAAUGGUAGAAUUUAAAAGUGAAGAAGGCAGAAUGUAGAUACUGGCUUCAAUUUAUACCAAAAUUAGCAUGUUCUUGUUA